UCAUACAUCAUCACUUCACGCCCACACUCAGUUUCACACCCAUCUUCACACACAUAUACACACACUCUACCACCCUCUCUCUCUCUCUCUCUCUCUCUCUCUCUCUCUCUCUCUCUCUGUGCCACAUACACAGACAGACGGCCGAAGGCAGAAGAAGUCUGUGCCCGGGCUGAUUCACGCUCUCCACCUAACUCCUCUCACCCUCGGGAAAGGCCUCAGUGUCAGCUCUCGCGAAGGAGAAAGGAGGCCCGUUGGCCGCGGAGGACAGAAAUGGCCAACGGUCGGGAUGGAGAUGGUGCCGCCCGUCCAACCCGUCCUCUUCUUCCUCUCCUCAAAAUCUCCGUCGGGCUGCUCCUGAUGGUGGCGUGCACCGGGGCAAUGCCCGUCAGCGGCCCCCUACCUCGUCUACCUGGCGACGUUGCAUACUCGCCCAACAGGUUGGAAGAUGCUGUGCCCACGCCCGUGGUUAUACCAACGCCUCCGCCAGGCCUCAAUUUUACGACGGAAGCCCCCAGGGUCGGAUCGACAUUACACGCGGCGAAGUUCAUGGAGAAGUUCGGCUACAUCCCCAAAUCGGGCAACGAGUCCGACUUCGUCUUCUCGGCCGACGCCUUCCAGAAGGCUGUCAUGAGGAUGCAGAAGUUCGGGAGCAUCCCUCAGACGGGCGUCAUAGACAACGCCACUAUAGAGCUGAUGCAGACUCCGAGAUGCGGGCUGCCAGACGUAGAGCCAGAGGACUUGGAGGGCAACUCUCACAUCAGGAAGAAAAGAUAUAUUUUGGGAUCCGGAGGAUGGCGCAAAAGGAAGCUUACUUAUUUCGUUGCCAACUGGUCACCCAAGCUGUGGAACAUGGAAAACGUGAAGAGGGAGCUAAGACGAGCCUUCGACGCCUGGAGUACCUACUCCCACCUCCAGUUCACAGAGGUGGCUGGACCGGAAGCCGAUAUUGUGAUCUACUUCGCUAGUUACGACCACCACGAUGGUUACCCCUUCGACGGACCAAGCGGCAUCCUAGCGCAUGCGUACUACCCGUACGAAUUCGGACACUACGGCGGGGACGUUCAUUUCGACGAGAGCGAAGAAUGGACCAUCGACCCCAAAGAUGAAUACUCAGGCCUAGACUUCUUCACGGUGGCUGUGCACGAGAUCGGCCAUUCCUUGGGCCUGGCCCACUCACCCGUCGCCGGUUCGAUCAUGUUCCCUUACUACAAGGGCUACGACAAGGUGUUUUCUCUAGACUACGACGAUGUCAUGGCUAUGUGGGAACUAUACAUCAAGAGGAAGCUGGAGGGGGACGACGAGUACUUCAAAUCCACCACGACGACGACGCCCUCGACGCCGACGACGAACGGCGACAACGGCGGUGCCGGCGCCGACGACGAGGAACACCAAUCGGACGCAGCCGGCGAUGACGAUGACGAUGACGCAGGAGGCGAGGGGGACGGCGUCCACCAGGGGGGGAAAGGAAGAGGAGGGGGAGGAGGAGGAGGAGGGGGCGAUGACCACCUCGACGACGACGACGACGUCGACGAUGAGGAAGAGGAGAAGAAACGCCGCGAGGAAGAGCGCCGGAAGGACAGGGAGGAGGAGGAAGAGAGGCGCCGUUGGGAGGAGGAGAUCAGGAGGAGGGAAGCCGAGACCCGGAGGAGGGAGGAGGAGGCCCGGAGGAGAUGGGAGGAGGAGGAAGGCAGGGGAGGUCCUCCGGCGGCUCCUACUACAGAAAAGCCCCCGCCGCCCAUCCCCGAUCUCUGCCAGGGAAGCUACGACGCUGCGGCUCUCCUCCGCCAGGAGCUCUUCGUGUUCAAGGGCGAGUAUUUAUGGCGUUUCCGAGACAGAGGCGAAUUAAGGCAGGGCUAUCCGUCUCUCAUAAGGAAUCUCUUCACGGAUCUGCCGUCCUUCCUCAAGAGGAUCGACGCAGUCUACCAGAGGCAGACGGACUCCAACUUCGUCUUCUUCAUAGGUAAAUAUUAUUACGUCCACAAUGGCGACCACUUGAUCGAGGGCUCGCCCCGCCCACUCAGCGAUCUCGGAAUCCCGGAUUUGUAUACGAAGAUCGACGCUGCUUUCUACUGGCCCAGGGCUAAGAGGACAUACUUCUUCAGCCGCAACUGGUACUUCCGUUACGAUGACGUCACGGGGAAGAUGGACGAAGGAUAUCCCAGAGACAUGAAGAAGUGGAACGGAAUUCCAGGCGACCUGGACGACGUCUUCACAUGGAAUGAUGGCGAGUCCUACUUCCUGAAAGGAACCCAGUUCUGGAAGUACGACAGUACCAACAUCAGACCGUACGCAGGAUACCCUCAGGAUGCUCGUGAGUACUGGAUCAACUGCCCAGCUACCUCCUAACCACCGCGGAUGAGGAGAAAAAAACAAGUCGAAGCUGUUAAAUCUUUGGUCAAUGUAACCUUUGUCUAGUACAUGGACUGUAGUACCAUAGCAAGGCCCCAUUGUAAACUAACCAGUUUCAGAACUGGAGUUAACUGUAUCAAAGACACCUGAAUAAUGGUUUAAUCACAUUUAGCAAAGUGUAUUGGUUUUAAAGUAAUUUAUUCGCUGAUCCAUCUGUUUAUGUGACGUUGCAAAAAGUUUUUAGCUGGAUUAAGUGGUGUCUAGGUUGACACACAUAAUCACAGUGUUGGUCUCUCCACUGUCUCUUUCUGUAAGGGUCUAAGAAGUUUUUUUUUUUUUAAUCUAAUUUCUAUAAUAACAAAUUAAUAAAUAAUAAAUGUGCCCAAAACAGCUACCCGCUGACCAAUACGACCCGACCUACCAUCCCAGCAAUGUGGUCUACUGAACCUUUGAACGAAAUAUGUUGAAGUAUCAAUGGUGCUCAUCCCUCCUUGCCAAUAAAACAUUGUGCCAAAUUUUCAUGGCAAAUUAUUAUUAUUAUUAUUAUUAUUAUUAUUAUUAUUAUUAUUAUUAUUAUUAUUUCUCUACUUGGACUUUCCUGUAUAUUCUCAGCAACUGAUAUAAUUCACAACUUUUGUACUUGAUUACUGGUUUUGUAUUGAACCAGUUAAAAAAAAAAACCAUUUUUAACUGUUAUUAUAAUCAUCGUAUUCUCAUUUAUUAUUUGUAAAUACUUCAUAUGAAUUUUUUUAUAAUUAAAAAAUGUAGUUACUA